AUGCUGGCUCCGUCCGUCCACCCGCUCCUGUGGCUGUUUGGCUGCGUGCUCAUCAGAGGUACUACAACCUCCACAGACUCCUCCGUCCACCCUGUAGCAGACCGAUCUCAAUCAACACCACACAACCCUGAAGUAAAGACCCAUACCUCAGAGCCUUCAGUAAAGUCAGCAACACCAAUUGACUUGAAUCUCAUCUGCACAGACAAGACUACUACAACCAAAUCCUCUUUCAUCCCUACAACACCAACAUCGCCCACACAGGGUGAAACGUCUAGCGGAAACAAAAGCACUGCAGCUUCAUCAACUCGAGGUGAAGAGCCCAAGAGAAGCGAGAGUACUACAACAGCAGCAACUCAAGGCACCUCAGAAACAGUUACCCCAACACUAGACACCUCUGGCUACUCACGCGUGACUACUCCAACAUAUGAUAAGUCUCCAUUGACUGUGGCAGCUUUUGGUGUCAUCAGCUUCAUAGUUAUCCUGGUAGUGGUGGUGAUCAUCCUCGUCAGCGUGGUCAGCCUGAGGUUCAAGUGUAACCGCUCAAAGGACUCAGAAGACAAACAGAAGCCAGGGAGCUCCAUGGUAUCAGAGAGCUGCUCUGCAGGCACAAGUGAGAAGGAUAACAGCAUCACUCUGAUCUCCAUGAAGAACAUCAACAUGAACAACAGCAUGAGUUACCCGCCAUCAGAGAAGAAAGGUGCUAUGAAGCCAAUCCGGAGCUAG